AUGGAGAACACCACCGUCAACAUACACCCCGUAGAGAACGCCACCACCAACCUACUCCCCGUAGAGAACACCCCCACCCAUAGACGCCCUUUGGAGAACAGCACUGUCAACAUACACCUUGUAGAGAACACCACCACCAACCUACUCCCCGUAGAGAACACCCCCACCCAUAGACGCCCUUUGGAUAACAGUUCUCAUCAUAUACACUUUGCUCUGAACACCACCACCAACCUACUCCCCGUAGACAGAUGCCCUGCAGAGAACACCCCCGCCAACAUGUACCCUGUAGAGAACACCACCACCAACCUACUCCCCGUAGAGAACACCCCCACCCAUAGACGCCCUAUGGAGAACACCACCGCCAACGUACACCCUGUAGAGAACACCCCCACUCAUAGAUGCCCUGCAGAGAACACCACCGCCAACAUGCACCCUGUAGAGAACACCACCACCAACCUACUCCCCGUAGAGAACACCCCCAACCAUAGACGCCCUACGGAGAACACCACCGCCAAUGUGCACCCAGUAGAGAACACCACCACCGACCUACUCCCUGUAGAGAACACCCCCACUCAUAGACGCCCUACAGAGAACACCACCACCAACAUGCACCCUGUAGAGAACACCACCACCAACCUACUCCCCGUAGAGAACACCCCCACCCAUAGAUGCCCUACGGAGAACACCACCACCAAUGUACACCCCGUAGAGAACACCACCACCGACCUACUCCCUGUAGAGAACACCCCCACUCAUAGACGCCCUACAGAGAACACCACCACCAACGUACACUCCAUAGAGAACGUCAACACCGACCUAGUCCCCAUAGAGAACACCGCCAUCGAUGAUGUAAACCAUAGGACACCUUGGAAGGAGAGCCAGAAACCUGGGCUGACCUGA